UUCAGCGUUGAUAUCAUCUCAUGAAGCCAAAUUGAUGAUUGUCAUAUGAAUACACUAACCGUUUCAAUAAAUUAUCAUUCACUUUUUUUUUCCUGUUCUUUUCGCAUUAGCGAUUUUGCAUUGUUACACUCAACUUUUGAAACGUUAUCAUCAUGUGGUGUGCGAUACUACUUUAUAUCUCCUUUCCCAGAACUCACGAUUCCCUCCUUUUCUUUUACUUUUUAACCAAAUCUUCUUUAUAAGAAAUGCAGCAAAAAAUAGCGGAAGGAUUCAAACUCAAAAAUAAUCAUCACCCCUUUAUUUUUGAAAACGCCGAUGGCCAUCGUGUUCGCAUCAUGAUCGUCAGCAGCGACGUGAUACGUGUACAAUAUCUUACUCCCCAAGACGAAAAAACUUCUCAAGAUACCCUCGAUCAUCUUCCUCAACGCGUCAAUAUCAAAAGCGACGAACAAUCCAUAGAAAUCGCCACAUCCGCCGUUCGUUUAGUCGUCACACUCCAACCGUCCUUUCAUCUCGCCUGGUUCAAUCUAGGCGACCUCACUCCCUUUGCUCAGGACCUUCCUUAUAGAUCUUACGCUUACGAUGAAUCCGGUAACAAGUGGCAUUAUCAACGCAAAUUCACCGAAAAUCUCUAUUAUGGUCUGGGUGAACGCUCAGGUUCUUUAGACCUCACAGGACGUCGUUUCCGUCUCGAUCGUUUGGAUUGUAUGGGUUACGACGCUGAAAAAUCAGAUCCCUUGUAUAAAUUCUGUCCUUUUUACAUUAGUCUAUCCACACGUUCCAAACAGGCCUAUGGUAUUUACUACAACAAUUUUUCAGGAUCAACCAUUGACCUGGGUCAGGAAAAUGAUGCGAUGUGGGGUCCUUAUACCUACUAUCAAUCAGAAGCAGGUGUUCUCGAUUAUUACAUGAUUCAUGGCCCCUUUGUAUCCUCCAUCGUUCACAAUUACUCACUGAUCACAAGCCGUCCUCGUCACCUUCCUCCCCGUUACUCACUAGGUUACUUAGCCUCCGCCAUGGCUUACGCGGAAGCCGAAGACGCACAAACACAAAUAAAAGACUUUGCAAGUAAAUGUCAAUCCUAUGAUAUACCAUGCGAUGGUAUCCAUCUCUCUUCUGGUUACACUAUAAAUGAAAAGGGUGAUCGCUGUGUUUUCACCUGGAACAAGACUCGAUUUCCAGACCCUGUGAAACUUGCCAAGGAGUUGAGUGCAAUGGGUAUGCGGAUUUUUGCUAAUGUCAAACCAUGGUUAUUAGAGGAUAGUCAUCCCCAUUAUAAAUCAUUGGCAGAUAAAAAAGCCUUCUUUUGGAAUCAGGAUGAGCCUGGUAAAGUCAUGCAAUGGCGAGGUGACAUGCAUACCAUGGGUCAAGCAAGUUAUAUUGAUUUUACAAGUCAAUCGGGUUACGCCUAUUGGAAAUCGCAUGUCAAAUCUCAACUUUUAGAUAAAGGUUAUAUACCAUGGCUCGAUAACAAUGAAUUUUCCUUGACCGAUGACAGUCAUACCUUUGCUUGUGAAGUGCCACCCGACCAAUACUCAACAUUGGUAGAUUCAAACGUUCCCUUUCUUUCUGGUCCUGUCAUUCCCAAUGUUCAAUCAUCAGCAAAACAGGUGGGCACUCCCUUACAAACCCUCCUCAUGAUUCAAGCUUCUUAUGAAGCCAUCAUCGAACACAGCCCAAAUCAACGUCCAUUUUUGAUCUCUCGAUCUGCCACACCGUACUCAAACGAACUGGUUUCUCAAACAUGGAGUGGCGAUAAUACCACCGCUUGGAAAACAAUCAAGUACAACAUACCCAUGGGAUUAGGGGCCGGCCUUUGUAGCAUGCCCGCUGGCUAUGGUCAUGACAUUGGCGGCUUUGCCGGUCCAAAACCUGAUCCGGAAAUGUUUGUUCGAUGGGUUCAGCAAGGUGUCUUUUGGCCUAGAUUCUCCAUUCACUCAUGGAACACAGAUGGUUCAAUCACAGAACCUUGGAUGUUUCCUGACGUUUUACCUACAAUUCGGGCAGCCUUACAGUUUCGUUAUCGUAUCAUCCCGUUUAUUUAUACGCUGUAUGUGUCACUUGUUUACAUUAAAGGCGAGCCUCUUAUUCGACCCGUGUUUUACGACCAUCAGCAUGAUACGAACACAUACACUCAGGGCUUUGAAUUCAUGAUGGGUCCAUCCAUCCUCGUAGCCCCCAUAUAUGAACCCAAUCAAACCACAAGAAAGGUAUACCUGCCAUCAGAGACCGCAUGGUAUCAUUACCAAACCGGGAAAUAUUUCAAAUCACAAGGGGAAUAUGUCGAGGUCCCCUCCAGUCUAACAGAAGACGCUGCCGCUCCGUUUUUUGUUAGAGCCGGAUCCAUGAUGUGUUUUGGUAAAGUCAUGCGUCAUGUACAUGCUUCCCCCGAUGACGAGCGUAGAGUUCAGAUCUUCCCUGAACAAGGUAUCUCCAAAAGAAAGACCUUUGUCUUGUAUGAAGAUGAUGGUGAUACUUUGUACCAUGAAACAGGUGCCGCCUUUACGGAAAUUCAUGUAUGGAUGGAGACGACGGAUACUGAAAUCCUGGUGGGCAUGGAUAUCGUCAAUGAUGGCUUUUUCCCUUAUUACGAUACUGUCUGGGUCACCUGUCCCAUUAAAGGUGAAACAAGAAAGUUGAUAUUUGAUGGACAGGACGAUGAAGAAGGACAACUAGUAGAU